CCAUGGCCCGCGUUCCUAAAGGCCGAGCCCGGUCCCCGCCGUUGCCUCCCCAGCCGCCCGCCAUUUUCUAUGGGCCAGUGGAGCCGGGGAACCCGGUGGUCGACAGCUUCGAGAGCGACCUGAGCCACUGCCUGCACUUCUUGCGGCGGAAACGCGAGGCGGGUGCCGCCAGUGCCAGGGAGCAGGAGCUGCACAGGCGAGGAACAACGACCUUGUUUAAUAUUUGGAACAACUACAAGCCUCGAUUCCCAGAUUGGUAUUACAAUGAAAAACUUGUAAAAGUUGGUGAUCAACUUAUGGAAAUGAAAGAAUAUAAGUUAGCAGUUUCACAUUGCUAUGGACAGUAUCUUCAGCAAGUCAGUAGUCUAAAUAUAAACAAAUCUGGAUUGGAUGUGCAUGAAUUUAAAUCUAAUUUUUUCCCAAAUGGACUUAGAGAUCAAAGUGCUGCAUGUACACUCCAUGUAUUGCAAAGAAGGAAUAUUUGUCUUUACAAAAUGGUAUGUGAUAAUGAUGUUGAUCUGCUGAAUCAGGAAUCCGUGAAGACAUAUUUCAGAAUCUUGACCAUAUUUCAACUCAUCAUGCAGGUGACUCUACCACAUGAGCACUUGUGUUGGCUUGUUUAUAAUGGUACAAUUCAUAUGUACACCAUAUGUAGACAUUUGAUGAUCGUAGGUCAAUCUGCUAAGGUGCUUGAAUAUUUAUUAUGGGCCUGUGUAUGUAUGGAGUCAUCAAUUCCACUGUUAGCUGUACAUUAUUUGACAUGGAGAGCCACUCUGUAUGCUGCUGUUUGCCAGUGUUACUAUGACUGCCAGUCUGGUAUCUAUGGAGAGCUAUUUGCACGCCGUGGUUUAAUUAAAAUUGAUGAACUAAAGCAAAUGGAAAACUUGAGUUCAUCGCCGCUAAGCAUAGAAACAAAGAAAAGGUUCAAAGAAGCAACUGUAAAGAUGGCAGUAAUGAUCUUCAAAAGAUCAGCAUUGGAACCAAGAAGACGACCAAAAGGGAUUUUUCGACCAAGGGUGAAAAAUAAUCUAAGAGAUAUACAACAUCUACCCUGGCCUCGUACAAUCACAGAACGGCUGUUGAUGGAGAUGUUUGAUUGCAAUUCAGCUCAUUUUUUUGCCAUCCUGGAAGCUCUAUUUGAUCAAAAUAGACGGACACUGAUCCCUGGGCCUCCUGUUCCUGAUGAAGUGGAAAUUCAUGAUGUUGUUUCAGAGCUCUGUUUUGCAGGCGUGGAUAUUCUUGAUGGUGGUGGCAUCAGUGGGCCAGGUAACACACCCACCAAUGCUUCUAGUGUAAUAACAACAUCAUCAACACUUAUGCAGCAGAUAUUAUCAGGGAGGAAUGGUGUUUCUGCAGAGUCUGUCUUGAGGUUUCUUAAAAUGGCCUUCAGCUAUGAGGAGUGGGAUUCCUUUGAUUAUGCAACAAUACGGUUUUAUUCUUUUCUUCAGAGUGAAAAUAAACUAGUAUGGAAGAAUGUAGAAGCAGAACUCAAACUACUUCUAGUAAUGCAACCUUUAAUAUCUACAAGAAAACCAAGGCAUGGUUUGUGUGUUCAGGGAGACAAUAUCAGAGAACUAGUGAAUUUUCGUACAGGAAGGAAAUCCAUUGCAUUUCAAGAGGGAUUAGUACAAACAGGAAAAACUUCUGAUGAUCUUUUUCUGUUGGCACGGACUCUGUAUUCCUGCAUCUGUUCGUCUGAGGAGGUUCUUGUAUUGGACAGAGAAAUGGUAAUAGAUGCAACAAUAUUUUUGUGGCAAAGGUGUAAAGUGGCAAUUCAGAGGAUCCAAAUGAGUGGAAGCAACUUCUUAAAGUUCGUUCAUAAAUACCAAACACCCAAGUGGAUCCAUAUGCUUUAUAUAAUUAAUGAAGUAAUUCAUACCAUUAAUCUUGGAGACGUCAAUGCUGUGGUAAUGGCCGAAGUCUCAUUACGGCUAGCUUCAGUGAUGGAGAAUAUUUCAGACUUCACAAUCAAAUCGGGAACCACAUCAGAAAUAACAGAAACAAAUGCUUCUGCAUACAUUUCAGAAUACUGUAUUGGUGACAAGCCUUCGUUAAUACAGAAACCCCCCCUGGAACAGUUACAGUUGGCUUAUGAGUAUCUGGAUAGAGCAAUUAGUGCAAUGAAUCGAGCUCGCCUGGUAACUGUUUUACCCGAUGGAACAUCAGUGCUUGAUAACUGUUGCAAAAAGAUGACUAAAAAUGAUGAGAAUUUGAAUAGAUCUUUCCCAUCAGAUACCAGUGAGAAAUCAACAAUAGGAAACAAUUUUAUUAUGGAUCUACAUGUUGAUCUUAUUCAAGCUCAUCACCGAAUAGCUGUUAAAAUACUUAAUGUGGCACAAGACAUUCAGAGUGACAGCAAAAAUAUUAAAUUCAAGACACCUGCAAAGGAUGUAAGCCAUUUCAGAUGUUUAACAGAACCAGAUGUAAUGGAUAAAAUAAAAAAGAAUAAAUUGUCCAAAGCUCUCUACCUGAUGCAGAAAGCGACAUUGAUACUUCCAGUAGGAUUAGCCAGUUCUUCUCCAAACCAGCUUCUUGAGGAAGCACUCACUCUAAUUCGGAAAGCAGAAGCUGAACAAAAUGCAUUAUGUGCCACUUUCCGACAACCGUCAAGUAGUGUGAAAAGCAAAGUUCCACCUCCUCCUAUAUUGCUUUUUAGGUCACAUUGUUCCAUGGCAUUUAAGCCAGCACCAUUUGCCUCACCUGUGAAGGUUUCAUGGUACAGUAUUUUUGGAUGUGUAGCUGGAGGAAGUAAUCCAAAAGUCCGGUUAAAUAAUUACAAUCUUAAGAACACAGCAGAAGCGGUACCAGUUGAUGAAACAUGUGUCUUAGAAGUAAAAGGUUUAGAGCCCAACCAAAUGUACAUAUUUGCAGUUGCAGCAUAUGACUCAGAUGGAAAUCUUAUUGGCAAUAGCAUUGGAGAAACGACUAUGCCAGUUCUUGCAUACCCUCCUCUUUCAGCUGCUACUGUCCGAGCAUACCUAGUUCAGUCUGCUUUUCAGAUUGAAAACUAUGCAUUAUCCAAGAAGGCAUUUCAACCACUCUGGGAUAAUUUUGUCACAUUACCUUUCCCUCCUGUUGCUAAUGUAACAGUUGCUUCUGUAAGCAGCACUCUAAGUGUACCUCAGAACAGAUUAAUUCCUGAAGCUCUCUCUCGGGCAUCUCCAAACCUCUUGUACCUGUUCAUCAGGACCAUUUUUAUUAUUACUGACAUCAGUGUGAAUGAAGGAGCUCUCUAUUGUGAUUCUGUUUGUCUUGAUGAACUUAAGUAUAGUAGACAAGUUGCUAGAAUAGCUGAAUGUGGCCGAAUGCUAGUGGCGGUUGAACUCAGUAACUUGCUAAAUGAUGUACAUUAUGCCCUACAGUCAGUUGUCCAUUGUUAUGGACUUAUAGCUCCUUUGAUCUAUCACAAGAUUCCUUCACGACCUGUCAUUCAGAUCAUUAUUAAGUGUCUCACUGUUCUUCAAGAAAUCCCAAAUAUUACAUUGCAAAGAAGAUCAACCGCAUGCUAUGAGAGUAUACAGCACAUGAUAGCCUGUUUUUGUUUUUUCACAGCAAAGGUAUUACGCGCAUGGAAAGACUAUGAAUUAGCAAUAGUUAUUAUUAACUAUGGGAAAAAGUUGCUGGAUUCCUCACAGACAGCAUCUCAAAUGGCUGUAGCUGGAGAAGCAAUGGAUGAAGUACAAGAAGAAGAGAUUUCUUCCAAAAGGCUGAAGGCACAAAUAGCUGCAGCUGAAAAAGUAAAUGAAAACUUAGAAGCUCUGGAAACGAACCUGCUCAAACUGACCAAACCAGGACAGGAUCUUACAGGAGAAGAAGAUACUUUGCUCUUGUAUCCCGUAGUUUCAAACUGGCAAACAAAAACUGCCUAUAGGGAAGUGCUGAAAUUCAAGAAGAGCCCCCGUUUUCUUGAAUAUUUUGUAAAACUUGUAUACAAAGCAAUAAGUGAAGAGAGAUUUGCACGAACAGCAGAAUGGGCUGAUGAAGUACAAGACUACCUUAAAAAGCGGAAUAAAUUCCUUCUUGGUAUCAAGCAAACUCCAAGAAAAAGAGGGAAAGUUCGUAGUACUGCAGAUGGAAAGACAAAUGCAACACCAGAUGUUCAACAAACAAGAGAGUCACCAACACCCAAGAAGAUGUCUAAGAAAAGAGAGCAUGCUAAACAUCCUGUUAAAUACCGGGGCAGGCAAAAAGCUUCUGACAGGAAAGUCAAAGAAGAAUCACGAAAAAUGGCUUUUCAGGUGCUGGUACAAAGGCUGAAUUUACGUUCUAACAUCUACAUAAAACGAAGAAGGUUCCGCCGAAUUUACAUGGAAGAGAUACCAUGGCGAUCACAGCUGAACAUUUUCCUGGCAGUUAUUCACUUCAGUUUGUUAAAAAAACGGAUAGAAGAGCUCUAUAAUAUUGAAAUUAAUUCUUUACGAAACCUGGACAGUUAUGAUGAACUGGACCCUGAAAUAUUCUCAUUAAACAAUUCAGGCACAAUUGUGAUGACAGCAACAAUGGAAGAGCAAACGCAGACUUUUAAUUCUCCCAUUUUAAAAGGAACACCAUCAGGAAAAAUCAGAAGAAAAAAUGACAUACUUGACCCUACUUCCCCUGCCUUCGACUCUGGUUCUUCCUUGCCUGCUUCUGACCGUACAUUACAGAAUGCUUCUUCGGAUGCUGUUUCCAGCUCAAGCCUACUUGACUACAGUAAUUGUCUCACUCCUGAAACUGAUGCUAUGAUGGAUCCCAUUAAUCUGACCCAGCUGUCAUCUUCUGUGCCAGAUUCAGAUGCCCCCUCUGAGCACAGCACAAAGAUGACUGAAAAAGACACUCUUCGACUACCUCAAGGGUAUAUUCCCAUGAAGGAACGUGAAAGAAUUCUUUGUUCUACUGCUGUGUUGGAACAUUUUGCUAAAACCUUUCUGCAUCUUAGAAGAGCGGUGGUUCUUGCUCAUCGUGGUGGCCACUGGACAUUGCUUCAAAAUGCGUGUCGAGAGCUUUGGAACUAUAUUCCAGAAAUACAGUCGAUUCUUAUCCAUGUACUGUCUUUUCGUGAACCAUUUCCUAUUACCAAGGAGAUAUUUCUUAACACUAUUUGGCUACCAUACUACAUGGCAUCAGAUAUGUUGCUUGACAUGAUAGUUGAUCUUCAGGCUAGUAAUUCUGUUAAGAUUAUUGAAGCUGAAGGAGAUUUCUGUGUUCCAAGUUGUGUAGGAGGCAUUGCUGAUGAUGAAGGUGGAUUUAAUCUUUCCUUUGAAUAUCCAUUUGAUGAUGUGAAUGUUGUUGAUCUGCAAGGAGUACGUAACAUGGUCCUGCGCACUCUUGAAUAUUUAUUUCAUUUGAAGAAGUGGGAAUCACUUGUGUACAUAGCCAUGCAGUUUAACACAGUUACACAUGAGAGAUAUACUGAGCAAGUGACUCCUCUAUUGGUAUUUGCUCAGAGACAACUACAGGAAAAAACACAACACCGUGACUGUAAUAGCCCACACCCUCAAUUUAAACAACUUGUCACUAAUACAGGAAACAAGGUGCACUGCAGAGACUUCGCUGCAAAAAAGCUGCAUGCUAUUGCCAAAUGUAAUGGAACAGCUGAUGAGCACCAUUUCGAUAGUUCAGAUGUGUAUCAAACAGGAUCACCGUUUUCUGUUCCUCUGGAUGUGGCAGAUACACUGAAGUGUUUCAGAGAAAGCAUGGAAAAAUCAAAAUACCACAGCAGAUCCCUCAGAUAUAGCAGGAAAUUGCUUUCAUUAUUCCUUGCUCACACCCAAGAAAAUUCUGGAAGAUUAAAUACAACAGCAAGACAUACAUCUUCACAUGGAAAAGUGGGAUUUAUUAUGGGGGCUGAAUUGACAUACCAACCAGAACCACCUGAUCUUUCAGAAGAAACUUUUAGUUGUCUGAGUAUGGUUCAAAGCAACUCCAUUCCACGGUCAAAACUGUCAGUAGUUAUCUCUUCAUAUGAGCGAACACUUGAAGCUCUUCAAACAAAUAACCAGCAAGGCCUCCAGGUGCAGGCGUUGCAUGAACUUGGAAAUCUUCACUUUUAUACAGGAAACAAAAGAGCUGCUUUCAAAUGCUGGUGUCAAGGCCUGGAUGGAGCUGUCAAAAUAGUUGAUGCCCUUAAUCACUGGCAAGAGUUAGAUGGCUUGUCAGAGAAUGCCACUGGCAACUUGGCAAAUAGAACUCAAGGUUACUGUGAGAAAUUUGUUUCUCGGGCUGGAAUUUGGGGUUGCUUACAAGGAGCAACCUUAGCAGCAAAAAUAGCUCGGCACAUAUUGUUAUACGAUGUGAAAUUAAGAACCAAAGCCUGUAUUUUAUCUGCUAUUCUCUUCAAGUCCUUGUUUAGAGUUUCACUACCACAUCCUAAAGCUGAUUGUGACUUUGCACUAUAUGAAACAGAUAUAUUAAUUCCUGGCAUUGAUUUAUUUGUGGAUUACUACAGAGCGGAUAUUGCAACAGUUGUUGCAAGUUUGAGUUUCAUUAUGUAUGAAUUGCAUUGUAACAAGCAAAAUCUAAUAAUUUUGCCACUAUUCACAUUGUAUCAAUACUUUGUUUGUGAAAUUUGUCGGAAUGCGAAUAAAUGUAUUGAAGGAAGAAUUCUCAAGAUUAAGGUGCUUACAGAUUUAGGAUUUUUCUGUGAUGCUUUCCAAGAAUUAUGUAUUCUUAACCGUGGAGAGAAAAUCCCCUGGAAGCUCCCUUCUGUCUACAGGCUUGUUCCUAAACUUCCGAUCUCUGCAAAGUUUGAUUCAUCACAACCCCUCUUGACGAAUGUGAACCUACAGGCAUUAGAAGAUGUUUUUAACAGGCCUCUGCAUUCAGUGUGGACUUCAUUGUGUGAGCCACGAAUCCUGGAUAGCUUCUUGUUAGCCAAAAUGCACUUCAUUAUUUGCCUAUCUGCAACAUUAAAUUGUGUUCCUGAAAAAGUGAUGAAAGCAACAUAUUGUGUGGACACUGAUUUAUUAAGAAAGGCAGGCAAAACCACAGAUGCAUUCUUAAAAGGUUUUAUGGUAGCUUCAGCAUUUACAAAUGUGAAGCGAGAACCAAUUGCCGUGGUUGUAGAACUUGAAAGAAACAAAGAUGCCUUGAAUAUGGCCAUGCUAAAGGGGAUUUUAUUGGAAGAAGCUGGAGAAAGGAUUAAUUUCGUUCUUGAAACCAUACAAAAUAAAUAUGGCACAUUGCUUUAUGCGUGUUCAGCUUCAGAAUUAGAGCUUGUCAUUGAAGCUAAGCUUCAGCUGGCAGCUAUUGCUGAACAGAGACUUCAAACAGCAUUCAGUGCUGCUUUGGCCUUUUCUGCAAUAAAACUUCUUCAGGAUGCAAAUAUUUUCAAGAAGGCAUCUAAUUUACCAGAACAUACACAGAAAACAGAGGGAGGUGAUGAAUGUAUUUAUACUGAGGAUUCCAAACUGCUUCACAAUGUAACAGCACAAGAACAUAUGAAUAUACAUAUCUGGCUGAGAUGUCGUUUGGCAUUGGUGACUGCAGUUACAGCACAGGCACGAGGAAUUGAAACAAUGAAAGAAAAUGAAUUGACUGAGUGUUCAUGUCUGAUCAGUGAGGUACAACUGGAAGCAGAGGCCUUCAAUGAUGUUGAGACACUUGCUGAAAUUACAAUGCAAGCUAUUAUGCUCGGCCUCCAAGAAAAACAACCAGUGGCUGAUAUUAAGCUGUGUUUACAGGAUAUAAUCAGGUUACUUGAAGAAAAGACAUUGAUUUCUCCACCAGCUUCUUUAACACUAGUGCAAAGUAUGCUUUUGCUAGCUGACAUAAUGAGAACCCAAUCAGAAGGUGGUUCAGAACAUUGCACAGCUAAAACUGAUCAACUGAAUUUAUUAAUUCUAGCACACACACUUGUCGUUCAACAGUUAUUUAUUUUGGGACAAUCACUUGAACAACAUGCCGAAGACCCUACACUGACAACUCUAAGGGAACCGAUGAAAAACAUAUACCUGCCACAUAUCAGAUUACUGGCAAAAGUCAAAAUGAGAAUUGGACAUACAUUAACUCUAGAAUUGUCCUGCACAUCUAAACCACAAAGUGAUUUGCAGUGGUUACAAGCCCUCAAGCACACAGAAACAGCACUAGACCUUUGUACAGCUUCAGUAAGAAGAGACUUAGAGCUGGAAGCAGAACUACUUUUUCGGAAAGGGAAGAUAGAACGACAGAUUGAUUCCCGAGGUGUUAAUAAAUCAACAGUAGCUGUUGAGAGCUUCCUGGAUGCCAUACAAUUAAGCUUGAGGGGUUACCAAAAUUAUGGAUUGAUAAGAAGAUCAUACAUGGAAAUAGCAUUGCUACAUUUUUAUUUAAUUACAAAUAAGGAGGAAUCGCCAAUUUCGGGCACACUGAAGGGAAGAACAUUUAAACCAAAGCCUACCAGUAGACACCGCAUUACUGAGGAAAUUACAGCCCUGGAAAUGUUCAGAGUGCAGGCCUGGAUUGCAAUAAGAGCUGCUGCGCAGGUCAGUGAAGCUAUUCUGACUUCCCAGCAAUUAAGUGGAAGGAAAGCUGUUAAAUUGUAUCAUGUGAGACAUACAGUACAACAACACAUGCCAGAAUUUGCUCUUCUGGAUCUCAGUUCUUCCUACAAGGAUUUUUUGUCUGAAGGAUAUGAAGUUAGCUAUAAAGUCCCCAUGAUGUCUUCUGCACAAGAGGAAAGAUCAGAAAGCGAAGGAGGUGAAAGUGCUUCUUCUGAGGAAAGCCAGGGAAAAUUGAAGAUACCCUGGGUCCACGUAAUUCGCUACAAUACUUACUUAACCAGACUGUUGAACCUGAGUCCCCUGGUUGCUGUUCCAAAAGCAGGUGAAGGCUUAUUUGUUAAAGAAGAUGUGCUACUCACUUCAGUGUUUGACACAACUAUUACUCUGCGCCUAGGAGAACUGCAUUCUUUCUUAAAAACCUAUUUGCCUAUAUAUUCUGGCUGCUGUCUUCAAGAACCUCCGAAACAGCUAUAUGGUUUUGAAAAGCCUUGUUUUAGUAUGACUGUUCUUGGAAUGCAAACCGUAGAAUCAGUUGCAUUGUCUCGAAGAUCAUCGACAAUUAGAAUGCCUUCCAGUGUCACUUGUAGUUCUAACCUGGACAUGCAUUCAGACAACAAGGCAACCUGUACUCCUAUCAGGGAACUUUGUGUGCAGUGGUACCUCCCGUCUUUGGAAAAAUCAUCGAAAGAAGGAGAGACUAUGGUUUUGUUCAUUUUUGCUUACAAUACAAAACCAGUCAAAAUAACCAACAUCAAAUCUUUCAAUUCAUCCAGUGUAUAUUGUGGUUAUUUGUGGAUCCCACUGAAUAGUGUUAUUGCAGUACGUGAACAGUUGUCCAAUCUGAAGCAACAAAUUGAAUUGUUAAUGCAAUCAGUGAUGACUCCUCUGGCAGCAUCUGAAAUACAGACAAAUUUAGCUUCGACAGGAUCCAGAACGAAUAUGGCAAAGGUGCCACUAGAUGAAAAAACAAAGGAAAUGGUCAUACAGUGCUUUUCUGAAAUAAAAGUAUUGCUGUCUGUUGGCCCAGAUCAGCGAUUACCACUCACACAGAUCCCAUUUGACAUCACCUUACCAUCAAUAAAGAAUUUAAGGAAAUUAUUUGAUCCAGCUAAUGGGUGUGUGAUAAUUGCAGGAAGUGUUUUCAACUGGAUCGUGUCUUUGCUAACUUGAAUAUCUUUUGGGAGUAAAUUUGACAUGCUUCUAACAGAGUUUGAGAGUUUUGGAGUUCCUAAUAGUUCCUAAUUUUCCCUGGAAUUUAUAAAAUAAUUUAAGCAGUAGUACUUUAAAUAAUAAACAUGCAUGAUCUGUUGCUAUUUGCAGCUUAUAUUGAUCUAGAUUCAGAAUUUGA